AUGUACAAGCAUACACGCAUGGAUGUGCACUCUGACAUAAGUUCAACCGCCUCGCUUCAUCCAAGCAUGCACGCAAACUCCCGACCGGCACCAGACUCACGCAAUCAUGAGGACCCUUUGCCUGGAUCUGUUAGAUUCGAUUUCUAUCUCCAUCUCGGUUGUCUUUGCUUUUUUGCCUGCUCGGCAAAUUGGGGCCCAUCAAUCAACCUGUUGGUAUGCCGGCAACCAUGUGACCAAGCCAAUUACGCCGCCCCGUGCAUUUCCACUUGGAAACCGACGCCAACAAAAUGA